AUGCUCGCGGAAAAUGGCCCUAUUGCCACCGACCUUCACAUACCUUAUGGUGACUCCGCGACCACCGAUCCACCGAUAAAUCGGCCCCUUUCGCCGAGAAAGUUCUUCGAACGACUUUAUGGUCAUCUGGAACGAGACAACCGUGAUAGGGAUAACAGCGAAAGUGGUGAAACUUAUCUGAAUGGAAAACCGAUUGAUGUGAAGGCUAGUGAAAAGUGUACGCUCACCGAGCUUCUUCCAUCGUGUGAUUCGCAAAAAUCAGUAUCAGUGCACAGUUCGACGAGUUCGACAAGUCCUCGAUCCUCGCUGGCGGUGGACAUCGAAGAAGAUUCGUCACAGGAUGUCAGUGUUCCGUCGCCACUGCUUUCUCACGAACGUGAGACGGCUCACAUGGGACACUACGGUCCACGUGAUUAUGCACUUCCGCCCAUGGGUGGCCAAAAUUAUGGAUAUUUUGGAACUGCCGGUGGUAUGCCGGUACCUGUGCCAAACAUUUCCCACCAGACUCACCUACCAAAUGCCGGCGGCCUGCAGCAACAGCCCGGCAUACCGGGAUCGAGCUUCUUUGCGACCACCGUGAAUUAUGGAGCCACCACGUUUCGUCCUUUCUUCGGAAUCGCACAUGAUGGCACACAGAUACCGGCGGGAUUAUCUGCAUUUUUGGCUCGUCGACGGAAAAAGGAAGGACGUCCACGACGCCAACGCACAACGUUCAGCAGCGAACAGACCCUACGGCUGGAGGUCGAGUUUCACCGGAACGAGUACAUUUCCCGGGGCAGACGUUUUGAGCUGGCAGAGGUUUUGAAGCUUUCCGAAACGCAAAUCAAAAUAUGGUUCCAAAAUCGUCGCGCGAAGGACAAGCGCAUUGAGAAGGCACAAAUCGAUCAGCAGUACCGCACAUUCGCUGCGGUCAAUGGAUUACUGACACCGUUCAAUUCACAGUAUCCGACGGCAAUUAUUGCAACACCGCAUCACCAAAGCCAAACGCAGCAUCAACAGCAGCACAACUUGCAGCACUCGGUGCCGCCCGCCGCAUCCCUCAAGACACAACUUUUGAGGCAAGAACAACUUGAUGUAGAGACAACCCGAUACGUUGAACACCUCUCCUCACACGGUGGGCAUGAAGGAAAAACUAAAAUGUAA